GUAGCGCAUGCGUGAGGAGAGCGGAGGGCGGGGCGACACCUGGUAGGCCCAAGCCAGCAACAUGUUGACUCGGGGGCGCUGCAGGGGCCAACGCUAAGGGGGUUCAGGAGGCCUAGCCUCUUCCCCUCUGUUUCAGGUCUCCACCGGUGCGCUCGCUAUGGCCCGGCACAGGAACGUGCGUGGCUAUAACUACGACGAAGACUUUGAAGAAGAUGACCUUUAUGGACAGUCUGUAGAGGAUGAUUAUUGCAUUUCACCUUCAACAGCUGCUCAGUUUAUCUAUUCAAGACGAGAUAAUCCAUCAGCAUUUGCUGAGAGAUUAGAAGAAUAUGGUUAUGAAGAUAAAGGCAAUUGUGUCUCCAGACACCAGCUAACUGAAGUUGAAAAAGUGAAGAUUGAUUCAUGCCUUGACCAUAUGAGAGAAGUGCUUGGAGAUUCUGUGCCAGAGCAGGUGAUGGUGGAAGCAAUAUUGAGCAGUAAAUUUGAUGUACAGGAAGCUCUGGAUUACAUUCUUGCACAAGACAAUAAGCAAAAUGUGAAGACCAAGAAUGAGGAUACAGUGAUAGCAGGAAAGGCAACAAAAGGCUUAUUCUGCUCAGAAACAUUUUCUAAUGAUAACAGCUUGCUUAACUUGGUAGAAAACCCUUCCGAUUCCACUAGCUUGUGCCCCAUAGACAAUUUUGAAUCUCCUAGCUUUUCAACUCCAAGUGACAAAAUUUCAUUCAGACCUAAAUAUAUCAGAACAUCUUCAAUCAAAAAGAAAACCUCAGGAUCUUUUUGUAAAUCCAUGGGAGAAUUUCCUGUACCAUUCAGUGGAAAUAACAUAUCACUUUAUGAACCAUUCAGCAAGCAGGUAACACUGUCAUUAGCUGACAGCACCGGAGCAGCAGGAAAAGUCAGAGAUUCCCAGACAACCAGAAUUGAAUCUGACAUUGUGCCAAAAGUUACCAAAAUGACUGUGUCUGGAAAGAAACAAGCUACUGGCUUUGAAGUUCCAUGUGUGAAUGUUGAAGAGAAUGGCCAUAAUACAUUUAUGCCACAGAAAGGACUUUCAGCUGGAGAUGCCAAUACCAAUUUGGGUAUAACUGAGAUUCUGCCUAAGCCAACAUUACCAUCCCAGAAUGUUCAAGCAUCAGAAGAACUGACAAUGGCACCAACUCCAGUGAAGAAAUCUGGAAAGUCAAAACAGCAAAUAGAUGUGAAAGCUGAGUUGGAGAAGAGACAAGGAGGAAAGCAACUACUUAACCUAGUGAUAAUAGGACACGUUGAUGCAGGAAAAAGUACUCUAAUGGGUCAUUUGCUGUACCUUCUGGGAAAUGUGAAUAAACGAACAAUGCACAAAUAUGAACAGGAAUCUAAGAAAGCUGGAAAAGCAUCCUUUGCUUAUGCCUGGGUCUUGGAUGAGACAGGUGAAGAGAGAGAGAGGGGAGUGACGAUGGAUGUAGGUAUGACCAAAUUUGAAACAAAGACAAAAGUUAUUACAUUGAUGGAUGCUCCUGGCCAUAAAGACUUCAUUCCAAAUAUGAUUACAGGAGCUGCACAGGCAGAUGUGGCUAUAUUAGUGGUGGAUGCCAGCAGAGGGGAGUUUGAAGCAGGGUUUGAGACUGGUGGGCAGACACGAGAGCAUGGUUUGUUGGUUCGAUCCCUUGGCGUAACCCAGCUGGCAGUUGCAGUCAAUAAAAUGGACCAGGUCAAUUGGCAACAGGAAAGAUUUCAAGAAAUUGUCAGUAAACUUGGGCAGUUCCUUAAGCAAGCUGGCUUUAAGGAGUCGGAUGUAGCUUACAUCCCUACAAGUGGGCUUGGCGGUGAAAAUCUUGUCACAAGAAGUCAGUCGAGUGAGCUGACCAAAUGGUAUGAAGGGAAAUGCUUGCUAGAACAAAUUGAUUCUUUCAAGCCGCCACAAAGGUCAGUGGAUAAACCAUUCAGAUUAUGUGUAUCCGAUGUUUUUAAAGACCAAGGAUCAGGAUUUUGCGUAACUGGCAAAAUUGAAGCAGGCUAUGUCCAAGUUGGUGACCGGCUGCUGGCAAUGCCUCCUAAUGAAACUUGCACUGUGAAAGGAAUUGCCCUACAUGAUGAACCAGUGGAUUGGGCUGCAGCAGGAGAUCAUGUUAGUCUCGUUUUGACUGGCAUGGAUAUCAUCAAAAUCAAUGUUGGCUGUAUAUAUUGUUGUCCCAAGGAACCUAUCAAAGCCUGCACACGUUUCAGAGCCCGGGUUCUUAUCUUCAAUAUUGAAAUUCCCAUCACCAAAGGAUUCCCUGUGCUUUUACAUUUUCAAACUGUAAGUGAGCCUGCUACCAUUAGAAGAUUAUUGAGUGUACUUCACAAGAAUACAGGUGAAGUCACAAAGAAAAAACCUAAGUGUCUGACUAAAGGACAAAAUGCUUUAAUAGAACUGCAAACACAAAGGCCUGUUGCUGUAGAACUUUAUAAAGAUUUUAAAGAACUUGGAAGGUUUAUGUUACGCUACAGUGGAUCCACCAUAGCAGCAGGAGUUGUUACCGAGAUUAAAGAAUGAUAGCUGUGCCAGGACUUCUAUAAUCCAACCAAAUGAAAUCAUUUGUCCAAAUAUGCUUAUUUGAUGAAUCCAGUCAUAUCAGUUGAAGGAACAAAGACAAAGGGGAGGAAAUGAAAUAUCGAAUGCUCUGCAAACAUUUUGAGGCCUUCAUUGCUGCAAAACAAUAUGCCAACAGGGAAGAACCCUCUGCACUUUCUCAUUGCACAAGUUACAGUUUAUUCCCCUCCUAAAAUAUCAUCCCCUGUCAGUAGCUCUACUGGACUUUUAAGAAAAGUUAAUCAGAGUGAUUUAUUAAAGGAUGGUGACUCAUCAUGUUACUUCCAGCCUUAAACUUUGUUUACAAUUUUUUUGAGGAGGUGCUUCCUUGCUGCACAUGAUUUCAUAAAUUACUUAAAUUGGGCUAAAAGAUUGCAGGUUUUAUACAAAUAGAUUUUCAAAGAACCCUGCUUCCUUCUGUUUCAGAAAACAUCAUAUAAUGCUGCAUCUAGAAAUUUAAUGUCUUUCCACCCCAAUUUUAUUUAAUAACUUACUUGUGUAGACACCAUUUGUCCAAUAAUGGCUAAUCUUAUUUUUUAAUUGUAGAAGUAUAAUAAAGUAGUGAUCUGAGCAUAAA